AAUGAGGUGAACAGCUUUUCACACUUGGAUUCUUGCAGCUAGACAUGAAUGUGGAAUAACGUUCAUGUCCACCUUCUUGGUUUAAAGGGUUAGCAAGCUAAUAUUUGCUAAUAAUCACUAAAGACAAAGUAGAGCUGUAAUUAAAUUAUAAUUUGUGCCAUUAGUUUAUAUUGAAGAGGUUGAAACUGUCCUGGAGGCACUGAGGGAGAUGAAGAAGAGAUAUCUGUGAGGUCAAAGAUACUUGUACACACAGGAAGUCAUGCUUAUCAACGUGAUCAGCAGCAGCAGCGCCGGUGGCGGUUAAAGUCUGAGUCACAGUCACAAAGACCGAUACAUGUAUUUUUAGAUUCAGUGUGACUUCUGCUUCCCGAUGAUAUCAUUACCUCCAAUGGUCGUCACAGAUAAAUGUCCACAGACCUGCUUAGAAAAAAAGACGCUCCUAACUGCAGAACUCACCUGAGAAUAAUCAGGAUUUUAAGUUUUCUGCAGUAUAAAAUGAAUCCACUGAUAGUUGUCUGUACAUCCAUGAGUACAACACAAACUGGAUGUGCUAAUGCUGAAUUCAGCAUAUUUAAUUUGCCAAAAUGUAAACGCAAAAGGUUUAAAAAGUGGGGCUCAAGUUGUAGCCCAUUGCGUAAAUCACUGAAUACAUGGCAAUAUUAUACUUCCUGUUUCUAAAGUAAAAAUUUGCAUCUGUUCAUAUAAGUGAAUACUUUUAAUAUUUAAAGUGACAUGAUCCAAAAGACACUUAAUUAUACUGAUAUUUAAGCUCAUGUUCUCUCCUAAAUAAAAACUUAAAAUUGGGGUAAUUUGGGGUAAUUUAAGUCAGAUCUGGCAACACUAGUAGGGUGACCAGAUGUCCCCGUUUUGCGGAGACAGUCCCCGUUUUUGGUCGCAUGACCCCAGAAAUGUCCCUGUUUUUAACUGAAUCAAAAACAGACAUCUAGCUUUGUGCCAACAGAGGGGGCUAUAGAGGCAGCUAUAACAGCCGCAGAAAUGAACCUACAACCAUCAAAAUAGAUUUUUUUUGUUGUCUCUAGGAAUAGAAAACGUUAGUUAGCUCACUUAGGAGUUCUUCACCAGGCAGUAAACUAAUGAAAACAAACAAAAAAAAAACCCAAAGACCCCCAGCUGGAACUUGAAAACAUAGUUUUUGUGUUGUAGGAAGUCAAAAAGAAGUUGGCUAACUGCCUGCAAUGGACUUCACGUGACAAUAUUUACAACCUUUUAUGAAAAAUGCUUUUGAUCUGUGGACCCUUACAAACUAUAGGAAUGUAAAUAAUCAAGCAAUAGAUAGACAAUCGGACUUCACAGCUGCUUCAAAGGUAGAGAGUCGUCAUUUUAUCAGUCAUCCUUCACCAUAAUUCAUUACAGUGCAACAGUGACCAAGGUCAGAAUACAUGAAACUGAUAUAUUUUCAAAAAGAAAUCUGGUGACCUGAAACAAAGUUAUUACAAUUUCUGCACGAGUUUGAGAGUUAGUUUACACCAUUUUGGCAGCACUUCAAAGUAUUUUUUUGGGGGUGGGCGGGUGGGUGGGGCUCAGUCUUGUGUUGUGGCUCCUUAAAAGCUGCAGUCCGGCCCUGCUGUCGCUGCCUGGUGGUAAAUAUUUCCGAGCAGAGGGGGGGGGGGCAGGACUGGCAGCGGUGCAGUGGAAAUACGCGACCAGUGUUUGAGCUUUUAACGUGCUUUUCAUGGUGUGAAGCAGCUGAAUGGAGGAAAUACAGAUUGCGUAAGUGUUUUCAGUAGCGGAUCAGCAGCCCGUGCAUCGGCGUGACAGCCCGGUCGAGCUCCGAGCAGAGGCGGGAAUGGAGCGGAGCGACGGGGACGAGAAUGAGAGCUGCGCGUCCCAACAGAACACGAUGUGGAAACAGUUCCAAGCCAGAGCCAAGCCGCUGCUCAGCCCCAAGCUGGGCGCCAGAGACCCGGAGGACAAGAAGGAGCGGGGCAUGUGGAUGUUCAAGAAGAUGAAGCGGAAGGAGAACGUCGUCCUGGACCGGGUGAUCUCCUCCUCACAGCCCGACCUGCUCUUCUCCUCUCAGGUAGAUGUGGAGGCGAAGGAGGCUCAUCUCUGCGGCAAAGCGGCGGGGAGCGGCUCCGGACUCGGCCGGGAGAAGCUGCAGUCGUCCUCCAAGUACAAGACUUCCAGCCCGAACAAACCCACGGUGGCUCAGCUGGUACAGUCCCACCAUAAGAGCUCCUCGCUGGGGUCUGCGUGCCUGGAGAAGCUGGCCGAGCCACCGGGCAGCAGCGGCGGCGGCAGCAGCGGCGGCAGCAGCGGCGUGGGCGAAGCGGCAACAGCUGCAGCAGCAGCAGAACCACAGCUGGAGAGCAAAGAUGAGCAGUCGGGGAUCUCUGCUCCCUGCUCCUCGGGGGUCACCGCCGAGCGACCCGCCCCCAGCUCAGGGAUGUACAAGCUGGAGGUCGAACUCAAGAGAGGCCACAACCUGGCCGUACGGGACAGAGGAGGCAGCAGCGAUCCGUACGUCAAGUUCAAACUCGCCGGUAAAGAAGUUUUCAGGAGCAAAACCAUCCACAAAAACCUCAACCCGGUGUGGGAGGAGAAGACCAGUCUGAUCGUAGAUAGUCUGAGUGAACCUCUGUAUGUAAAGGUGUUUGAUUAUGACUUCGGUCUUCAGGACGACUUCAUGGGUUCAGCUUACCUUUACCUGGAGUCUCUGGAGCAGCAGAGGACGAUACCUGUCACUCUGGUGCUGCAGGACCCUCAUCACCCUGAGCAGGACCUGGGCUCCCUGGAGUUCGCCGUCACCCUGACGCCUAAACACAGUCCCGUAGAGGAGCGGCGAGACUCCACGACUAUGCUGCUGAGGAGGUCCUGGAAACGAUCCACUAAGCAGCAGCAGUCAUUGCGUCUCUCAGAGCUGCAUCGGAAGUCGCAGCUGUGGCGAGGGAUCGUCAGCAUCGCGCUGAUCGAAGGUCGGAACCUGAUCCCCAUGGACCCCAACGGCCUGAGUGACCCCUACGCCAAGUUCAGACUGGGACACCAGAAGUACAAGAGCAAGACCGUGCCAAAGACCCUGAGUCCUCAGUGGAGGGAGCAGUUUGACCUUCACCUGUAUGAGGAGACAGGAGGAGUGUUGGAGAUCACAGUGUGGGACAGAGACACCGGGAGGAGGGACGACUUCAUCGGACGCUGCCAGCUCGACCUCUCCCCUCUGGCCAAAGAGCAGACCCAUCACCUGGAGCUGCCGCUGGAGGAGUCCCGGGGCGUGCUGGUGCUGCUGGUCACGCUGACCGCCUCGGCCCACGUCUCCAUCGCCGACCUGUCCGUCACGCCGCUGGACGACCCGCAGGAGCGCAGGGAGAUACUCAAACGAUACGGUGUGUUGAAGUCGUUCUCUAAUUUAAAAGACGUGGGCAUGGUGCAGGUGAAGGUGAUGAGAGCAGAGGGACUCAUGGCUGCUGAUGUGAAUGGUAAGAGCGAUCCUUUCUGUGUGCUGGAGCUGAACAACGACAGACUACAGACACACACUGUUUACAAGAACCUCAGUCCAGAGUGGAACAAAGCCUUCACCUUUAACUUGAAGGACGUCCACUCCGUGUUGGAGGUCACGGUGUUUGAUGAGGACAGAGACAGGAGCGCCGACUUCCUGGGAAAAGUCGCCAUCCCCUUAUUACAUAUCCGUAACGGCGAGCAGAAAGGCUACCUGUUGAAAAACAAGGAUCUGACGGGUCCGACCAAAGGAGUCAUCUACCUGGAGGUGGACGUCAUCUACAACACGGUCAAAGCCGCUCUCAGGACGGUGGUUCCUGCAGAACAGAAAUAUAUCGAGGAGGAACCAAAGGUCUCCAAACAGCUGCUGCACCAGAAUUUCAACCGUGUGAAGAGGUGCAUCAUGGUCCUGAUCAGCUACGGGACGUACAUCAACAGCUGCUUCGAAUGGGAGUCUGCGCAGAGGAGCAUCAUCUCCUUCGUGCUGUUCGUGGUGGUGGUGUGGAACUUCGAGCUCUACAUGCUGCCGCUGGCGUUGCUGCUGCUGCUGGUCUGGAACUACUUCUUCUCCUCGAGCAGGGAUACAGCCGACAUGUCAAUGGAGGCCAUGUUUGAAUGGGAGGAUGAAGAGGACGAUAAAGACGACAAGGACUCGGAGCACAAGGGCUUCAUGGAUAAACUGUACGCCAUCCAGGACGUGUUCAUCAGCGUGCAGAACGCUCUGGACGAGGUGGCGUCGUACGGAGAGAGGAUAAAGAACACCGUGAACUGGACAGUGCCUUUCCUCAGCUGGCUGGCGAUCACUGCCUUAUGUUUGGCCACGCUUCUUCUCUACCUCAUACCUCUCAGAUACCUUGUGCUGGCAUGGGGUGUGAAUAAAUUCACCAAGAAGCUCCGCGACCCGUACAUGAUCGACAACAAUGAGCUGCUUGACUUCCUGUCCAGAGUUCCCUCUGAUGUUCAAGUGAUGCAGUAUCAUGAGCUGAAGGUCGACCCCGGACAAAGCCCCAACAAACGCAAGAGGGCCAACCUGAGCUAGCUGCUCUAACGUCAGUCCUCCUCUCUGCUGGACCCCCCCCCCCCCCCCCCC